AUGCCUUCUAGAAUCUUCCAUCGAAAGAGCUCAGGUGAAACUGUCCUUACCGCGGAACCAGCGGCCAGCAUGGGUCUCCUUAUCAACACUAGCAAAAUAGAGUACAUGUCCCUUAACUGCCCUGGGAACCACAAGCUAAAAGUGAGGUCAGAAGCCCUAAACAAAGGUAAACGACUUCCGCUAACUACGAUCCAUGGUAGCUGGUAUUGUCAACGACUUCAAGGGCCAGAAGGCUCUUGCUUGAACUGCAUUCUGGAGCCUCGAGAAAAUCUGGUAUUGACAGGCAAUACCUUUGGACCUGUUUAGAAGUUGUCUUUUCGUUCUACUGUAUGACUACGAGACGUGGAUAAUGACCAAAGACAUGAGUGCGAGACUAAAUGCUUUUGCCACCUCAUACUAUAGGAUCAUGUUGAACACCAUAAGUCUGGAAAAAGUCUCAAAAGUUCGAAUCUACGAUCUCACUGACACUAUCCUUAUGCUAUAGACGGUCAUGUCAAGUCAGCUCAAGUUCUUUGGCCACAUUUUGCGCUUUGAGAAGGAUAAACCCGCUGACAUUUACACUUUGCAAAAAAUGAUAAUGAUGAUAUCAGGGAUGCCCGGGAAGAGCGAUGGAGGGCAGAACGCAAAUGGCGUUGGACAAGGAAUUUGUCUGUUCUCGCUAUUUUCAAGGACAAAAAGAACUAUGCUACUUAUCUCAUGA